CCCGGGGCCCCCGGCGGCUCAUGCGGGUGGGCCUGGCGCUGAUCCUGGUGGGCCACGUGAACCUGCUGCUGGGGGCCGUGCUGCACGGCACCGUCCUGCGGCACGUGGCCAACCCCCGCGGCGCCGUCACCCCGGAGUACACCACCGCCAAUGUCAUCUCCGUGGGCUCAGGGCUGCUGAGCGUUUCUUUGGGACUUGUGGCCCUUUUGGCGUCCAGGAAUCUCUUUCGCCCACGAUUGCACUGGGCCCUGCUGGCCUUAGCGUUGGUGAACCUUCUGUUGUCUGCUGCCUGCUCCCUGGGCCUCCUCCUCGCUGUGUCCCUCACUGUGGCCAAUGGCGGCCGCCGUCUUAUUGCCGACUGCCACCCAGGACUGCUGGAUCCUUUGGUACCGCUGGACCAGGGGUCUGGACAUGCUGACUGCCCCUUUGACCCCACAAAAAUCUAUGACACAGCCUUGGCUCUCUGGAUCCCUUCUGUGUUCAUGUCUGCAGCCGAGGCUGCUCUCUCUGCUUACUGCUGUGUGGCUGCGCUCACCCUGCGUGGGGUAGGGCCCUGUAGGAAGGAUGGGCUGCAGGAGCAGCUGGAGGAGCUGACAGAGCUUGAAUUUCCUAAACGUAAAUGGCAGGAAAAUGUGCAGCUACUGGACCAAACGCAAGAAAUCCGGACCUCACAGAAAAGUUGGGUUUAGGGCCAGCAGGUGCAGGUCCGAAGGCUCUGUCCACAAGGGUUUUCCACUGACCCCUAGGAUGUUUAUAUAGUAACAACUGUAAUAAAAGGAUGUCUCUUCAA